UCUCAAGAUGCUUCGACGCCGCGCUUUAUCUCUUGUUCUACAACUCUCCACUUUAUUUUCCUCUUCCCUGUUUCACUCAUUGAGUCUCUCCAUGGACUCACUCUCUACACUCUCUUUGUGCUCUCAUACAACGGUGAAUUUUGAGUUUAAUCGUAGAAAAAUCGGGCUGAAAUCGUUGAACAGUUCAUCGAGUUAUUGUUUACUUUAUAUUUCACCGAUUUGUAUUGGAGGAAGAAGAAAAUGCUUGCGAAUGAUUCGAGCUGCUUCUUCUAGUACUAGUGGUCCGAGACGUUCGACAAAUUCUCGGAGAGUUUAUAAGGAAUCACAAGCUCAAACUCCAGCAAUACCUGUUGAUCAAAUUGCUUCGUUGGUUGUGCCGGCUGGUGCUUUCGUGGUUGUCUCUUUUGUUUUGUGGAAGCUGGUGGAGAAAGUUCUUCUACCAAAACAAGCCAAGACUACAUCAGAAGAAAGCAAACCUACUCAGGGAUUGAAGUGGUCCAUUGCUGCUGGGACAAACUUGUUGCCUGGUUUUGGUGCAAAGGUUGAAAGAGAAGCCAAGUUGAGGCUUAAUGACUUUGCUAAAGAGCUUAGAUCUUUCAGCAUUGUUGACAUGUCAGGUCGUAACUUUGGAGAUGAGGGGCUCUUUUUCCUAGCAGAGAGUUUAGCAUAUAAUCAGACAGCCGAGGAAGUAAACUUUGCUGCUAAUGGAAUAACUGCAGUUGGAGUGAAGUCCUUUGAUGGCAUCUUGCAAUCAAACAUUGCUUUAAAGACUCUUAACCUAUCUGGAAAUGAUAUUGGAGAUGAAGGAGCCAAGUGUCUAUGUGAUAUACUGGCAAAUAACUCUGGUAUUCAAAAGCUCCAGCUGAACAGCACUGGCUUAGGAGAUGAGGGAGCCAAAGCCAUCGGUGAAAUGCUGAAAAAAAAUUCAACGUUGCGUGUUCUUGAACUAAACAAUAAUCUGAUUGACUAUUCUGGAUUUUCCGGUCUUGCUGGAUCACUUCUUGAGAAUAAAACUUUACAAUCCUUACAUCUCAACGGCAACUAUGGCGGUGCUUUAGGGGCUGCAGCGUUGGCUAAAGGCCUGGAGGGCAACAAGGCCUUGAGGGAACUUUAUUUGCAAGGGAACUCUAUUGGCGAUGAAGGAGUACGGGCAUUAAUUUCUGGCCUAUCAUUGCGUAAAGGGAAACUUGUUUUACUUGACAUUGCCAACAAUUCAGUUACUGCUAGAGGUGCAUUUCAUGUUGCAGAAUUCGUCAAAAAAAGCAAAAGCUUACUGUGGUUGAAUCUCUAUAUGAAUGACAUCAAAGACGAGGGAGCUGAAAUGAUUGCAGAAGCUUUGAAGGAGAACCGCUCAAUAACUAACAUCGAUCUUGGGGGCAACGACAUUCAUGCUAAGGGUAUCAGUGCCAUAGCAGAAGUUUUGAAAGAUAAUUCUGUCAUUACCUCAUUGGAACUUGGUUACAACCCCAUUGGACCAGAGGGGGCAAUGGCAUUAGCAGAGGUACUCAAGUUUCAUGGAAAUGUAAAAGAUCUCAUGCUUGGUUGGUGUCAGCUUGGAGCCAAAGGUGCGGAAUAUUUUGCCGAUAUGUUGAAGUACAACGGUACCAUAUCCACUGUAGAUUUGCGAGCCAAUGGACUUAGAGAUGAGGGUGCAAUCUGCCUUGCUCGGAGUUUAAAGGUGGUCAAUGAAUCUUUGACGACACUCAAUUUAGGGUUCAAUGAAAUUAGAGAUGAAGGAGCUUUUGCUAUCGCUCAAGCACUUAAGGCAAAUGAAGAUGUAAGACUCACAUCGUUAAAUCUUGCCAGCAACUUCCUCACCAAAUUAGGACAGACAGCUCUCACAGAUGCAAGAGACCAUGUGUUUGAGAUGACUGAGAAAGAGCUUGCUGUUAUGUUCUAAAAUACUGCAUUUCUUAGAUCAGAUAUAUUUUCCUCCUACUUUAGGGCAAGGCUGCAUAGAUGAGAAUUUUGUUCUUUUUUUAUUGGGGAAUAGAAUACAGCCUACCAUGAUAUUCUUUCCACCUAUGUGGAUUUAGAGUCCCAACUUAGUUCCCUUUUGUGACUGAAUUAGUUUGAGCUGGGAACGGUGGGAAUUUUGAUAUCGAGAUAUAUACUGAUACUAUAAAGAAAUUUCGUUUUCUGAAUCUUUUUUCGCUUGAUACGUAAGUGACAUGUAUAUAGAAGAUUACUUCUAUUAAGCAUUUCAGAUUCA